AUGACCCAACCAACCGACUACCCCGUCCUCCCCCGGGAAGCCACUCUCGUCCAACUCCCACAGGAGUAUGCCUCUGACGCGCAAGACCAAAUCGCCCAAACUCUCGCAACGACGCCCGUCAAUCGCCUCGUCGUCCUAGACGACGACCCAACCGGCACACAGACCUGCCACGACAUCAACGUGCUAACAGUCUGGGACCCCGCAACGCUCGAAGCAGAGUUCCACCGUACCUCACGUGGCUUCUUCAUCCUCACCAACUCGCGCGCCCUCCCACCCUCCGACGCCGAAGACCUGCUCCGCACAAUCUGCACAAACGUAUUCGCCGCCGCGAAGAAAACAAACACAAAAGUCGACAUCGUCCUCCGCGGCGAUAGCACUCUGCGCGGACAUUUCCCGCUCGAACCGGAUGUCGCGCAGUCCGUCUUCGGGCCUGCGGAUGCGCUUGUUCUAGCGCCGUUCUUCUUCCAGGGUGGAAGGUUUAGCAUCAAUGAUGUGCACUAUGUUGCUGAGGGGGCGGAUCUCGUUCCGGCGGGGAAGACGCAGUUUGCGCGUGAUGCUUCCUUCGGAUAUCAGAGUUCUAGUCUGAGGGACUAUGUCCUUGAAAAAGCGCCGGGACGGUUCGUGCCCGAGCAGCUGCUCUCAGUGACCAUCGAUGAUAUUCGAAUUGGUGGGCCCGAUGCUGUUUGUGAGAAGCUGCUUAAUGCCCCGGCUGGGGGCGUGGUUAUUGUUAAUGCGGCGGCGGAGAGUGAUAUGCAUGUUUUUGUUGCGGGAUUGUUACUGGCCGAAGCAAAAGGAAAGCAUUUCCUCUACCGCACGGGCGCCGCCUUCGUCUCAACCCGCCUGGGAAUACGCUCCAAAGCACCCAUCUCCGCUGCCGAGCUGCACCUCCCAUCCCCGCGCCAAACUGGCGCACUCAUCGUCGCAGGCUCCUAUGUGCCCAAGACAACCGCACAACUUAAAGUCCUGGCCGAGCGGCGCGGCCCAGCUGGCACUGAUGAGCUGGCUAUCAUCGAGAUGAAUGUGACCGAGCUGAUUGCGGGCCCUGAGAGCGCCGCAAAGGUUAUUGAGCGGGUUGUGCGGGAGACGGAGUCUUUUUUGGGUAAAGGGAAGGAUACACUCGUCAUGACGAGUCGGGACCUUGUUACCGGUGGUGAUGAAGUUGAGUCGUUGAGAAUUGGAGCUCUUGUUGCGGAGGCGUUGGUUGCCAUCUUGCAGCGGGUUGAGGUAAGGCCGAGGUAUAUUAUUGCUAAGGGUGGCAUCACCUCCUCCGACGCAGCCACCAAGGGACUCAAUGUCAAGCGCGCCACGGUCCUCGGCCAGGCGGCGCCAGGGGUGCCGCUUUGGCGAUGUGAUGAACCUAGCUCGAGACAUCGUGGUGUGCCUUUUGUUGUGUUUCCAGGGAAUGUGGGUGGGGAGGAGACGCUGUGCGAGCUGGUGGAGGCCUGGAGUUAG